CACAGAUGCAAGAGUUUGCGGCGGCUGUAGUCCAAGAUCCUGAGGUGAAGCUUCUGGUUCUGCGAUCCACCUCUGACGAUUUCCCAAAGUCAAUUGCGUGUGAGAACAUUACCGAAGACUGGAGACUUGAACAUCUCAUUCCAGAGGCCCAAGAAAACAUGAUGGAUGUCAAACUGAAAUUUCAGGGUGAUGCGAUGUCUCUUAGGGACCUGGAAGCCCUUUGGCCUGGAGUCCGCGGCGAAGUGGACGGUCCGCUGCUUAGCGCGUUGGUGAAGGCGCAAUCGGGUGAUGCGAUGCCUGCUUUGGGCCCCGCGAACCCCGCCUUCGACGACACGUGUCACUUGGACCGCUCUCUCCAUCACUGUGCUCUUCUCCGCGCCGACGUGCUCACCGCCUUAGAUCCCGCGCGCCAGCUACUUGCCCUAAGCGGCUUCACCGCCGAGGAGGUUGAGACGCUGCGGCAGCGAGACGAUUCUCGCCAGCCUUUGCACCACCACAGCAUGACGAUGGGCGUGAACGCAGAAAGGUGGCUUCGGCUGGAGGACGCGUGCGGGUCGGCGGGCGAGCAGGAGCUGGGCGCCGCCUUCGCGCAACUCUGCCUGGCCGGGGACCCGCGCCGCCUGCACUGGGUGGCGCGCCUGCCCGGCCGGGCUGACUGCCAGGGCCGGGGAGAGCCGCUGCUGCUUUGGCGGGCGACUCUUGGGGAGGAGGAGGCGUUGGCGCAGUUCGUGCAACCACUGGCUGGC